ACCGGGAGAAGUAAUUGCAAACCACCUUUUGUUAACCAAGUAUGAAAUACAUGAACAAUUUUGUAGUGGGAAUUAUACUAAUUCAGCUUUCGGCAAACUUUUUUGCCUUAUUGGAUAAAAGUCCUUCGGAGGUGUUUUUGGCCGAGUUGAACGACCUGUUUGUCAAUCCAGAUGAAAAAAUUUCAGAAGAGCAUUAUUGUGAAGACCCCAGACUAUCUUGCAAUAGCAAUAAUGAAAUCAAUAGCAUCAAAUUAAAUAAUAGUCAGCUUCUUGCUUUUCCUACAAAUAUUGAAAUGAUUAAAUAUACAUUGAUUAACUUGAUAUUGAUAUCCGCAGAUCUGAAAGGUAAUAUCCCAGAUGCAAUUUAUACGUUGACUGAAUUGACAUAUCUGGAUCUGGCAGGGAACAAUUUUAGUGGUGAUUUGAGUACUGAGAUUAGAAACCUGGAUAAACUAUAUUACCUUGAUUUAAGUAACUCAAGUCUAUCUGGUGAAAUACCUGAUGCUUUGUACUCACUGGCUGAAUUACAAUAUCUGAAAUUGGGAGGAAAUAAUUUUAAUGGUAGUUUAAGUACCGACAUUGGAAUGCUGAUUAAAUCAUUAUAUUUUGACUUAAGUGGGUUAAGUUUAUCUGGUUCAAUACCUGAUACUCUGUAUUCACUGACUGAAUUGAUGUAUCUGGAUCUAGCAGGAAACAAUUUUAAUGGUGAUUUGAUUGCCGAUGUUGGAAAUCUAAACAAAUUAUAUUAUUUUAAUUUAAGUAACUCAAGUCUGUCUGGCGCGAUACCUGACACUUUAUAUUCACUGACUACAUUGGAAUAUCUGAAUCUAAGAAAUAAUAAUUUUAGCGGUGAAUUAAGUAGUGACAUUAACAAGCUGGAUAAAUUAUUGCACCUUGACUUAAGUGGGUUAAAUUUAUCUGGUUCAAUACCUGAUACUCUGUAUUCAUUGGCUACAUUGGAAUACCUGAAUCUAGCAGGGAAUAAUUUUAUUAGCGGUUUGAGUACUGAGAUUAUUAAUCUGAGUAAAUUAUUGCAUCUUGAUUUGAGUAACUCAGGUCUGUCUGGCACGAUACCUGAUACUCUGUAUUCACUGACUACAUUGGAACAUCUGAAUCUAGCAGGGAACGAUUUUGGUGGUGAUUUGAGUACUGAGAUUAUUAAUCUGAGUAAAUUAUUGCAUCUUGAUUUAAGUAACACAAGUCUGUCUGGCUCGAUACCUGAUGCUCUAUGCUCACUGACUGCUUUGGAAUAUCUGGAUCUAAAAAAUAACAAUUUUAUUAGUGAUUUAAACAUUAACAUUGGAAAGCUGAAUAGAUUGUAUCAUCUUGAUUUGAGUAGGUCAAAUUUAUCUGGUUCUAUACCAGAUAGUCUGUAUUUACUGGCCAACUUAAAGUAUCUGAAUCUUCAAGGGAAUAAUUUUAUUGGUGGUUUGGACACUGAUAUUAAGAGACUGAUUAAGUUAUCGCAUCUUGAUUUAAGUAGCUCAAAUCUGUCUGGAUCGAUACCUGAUAGUCUGUAUUUACUGAACGAAUUGGAAUACCUGAAUCUGCAAGAGAACAAUUUUAGUGGCCGUUUGAGUGCCAAUAUCAGAAAUCUGAGUAAAUUAUCGCAUCUUGACUUAAGUGGGUUAAAUCUGUUUGGUUUUGUACCCGCUACUCUGUAUUCACUGACUGAGUUGCAGUAUCUGAAUCUACGAAGAAACAACUUUACUGAUCAUUUAAGUACCAGAAUUGGGGAUCUGAACAAAUUAUACUAUCUUGACAUAAGUGACUCAAACCUGUUUGGUGAGAUACCUGAUAAUUUGUAUUCGCUGACUCAACUACAAUAUUUGAAUCUUACAAACAAUAGUAUCGAUGGCAGUUUGUCGUCUAACAUUGAUAACCUGACUAAUCUAAUUAAUCUAAGUCUUUGCCUCAAUGAAUUGAAUGGCGCUGUGCCGAAUGAAAUUGGCAAAUUAACUAAUCUGAAAAUUUUAGAAAUGCAAGAGAAUAAGCUUGAAGGUGACAUUCCUGACCUGAGUGGGCUGAUAAAUUUGGUGUAUAUGAACAUUAGCUCAACAGAGCACUAUCUGAAUGCGAAUUGUGAUGAUGCGAUGUUACCUCCAUCUAUUAGUAGGGAGAAUUGUUUAAUUAGGCCUGUGAAUGUAUUGUGCGAUAAUGUUACGCACUGUGAAUACAGCGAUGAGCCCAUACCUAGAUCCUCGGUUAGCUCAAUAUUCCGUACAUAUGGGUUGGGAACGGUUAUUAUUGCGAUGAUUGUGUGUAGAGCUGCAAUGGAGAUGACGUUGAAUUAGAAUUUGAAAUUAUGAUAUACAUGUGUUAUAGGACAGGUAAAUUUAGAUAAGAAUAGAAUAGUGAUAACUUAGAUAAAAAGAUUGAUAUUUA